UGACGAGGCAGGCUUGAUCUCUUCCUCGCUCUCGUCAUUAUCAUCAUUCUCCCUUUCUCUCUCCUCCUUCUCCUACUUCUCGUUCUUCUCGUUCUUCUCGUUCUUCUCCUUCUUCUCCUACUCCUUGUCCUUCUUCUCCUUCUCUCGUGUUGAUCAGCUAUGGCGUUAGUCGGUGAUGGGGUGCCUGUUGCGGCAGGGAAGGAUGGUCCGCCGCCUGACACGUCAGCGAUUCCAGCUGGGGCUUUCACGGGGACCACAGAGACGGUUGCGCUCCCGACUCUGGUCCGUCGGAUGGUGGAGAGUGCGUAUCGGGAUCUGAAACAGCUGUGCUUAGCUGUAAGGGGCAAAUCCGACGUGGACAGGAAGCUGGGAUUACUCAAGUACCUUUAUAAGCUCCGUCAACGGUUAAUCAGGCUUCUUGUACUCGUCAACUGGUCGAAAAAGCAUAUGCACAUAAUUGCCAAGUGUCAGAAGCUCGUUGGCACGCUGUCAUCACAUGACAUCACUUGCAGGGAUGCGGCGGAUCAGCUCUUUUUCUUACAUGCAUUGUUGGAACAGGCACGGGCGCCGAUUUAUGACGUAGCGACGGCUGUCGAGGUUCUGACGUCGGGUGGGUAUAAGCGGCUUCCGCAAUGCAUGGAGGAUUUGGGCCUCGAACCCGUUCUUGGAGGGGAGGAGAGGCUCGCAGCGCUGAUAAAGCUGGACACAGAAGUGCGCGCACAGCUUCUGGUUGCACGGAUACCCCCACAGUUCUCGUCGAUACGUAUUGCUGACGGCUUUGCCGUGUUAGAGGUGCCGAGCGAGUUCCAUGUACACAUGACCGUUGGAUAUCGAGCCAAUCUGAGUUUGUGGAGGAUGCUUUACAUCGACUUGUUGGUUGGGGAGGGUGGAGGGGGGGCGGGAGGUGCUGGCCAUGGUUGCAACUCGAGUGCCACUGCGAGGGACAGGGUAGGACGUGGAGGUGGAGGAGGAGAUGGUGGUGGCGGAGGGAGAGGUUUUGCAUUGACAGACAUACGGAGGGCAGAGCUUUCUGACGAUCUGGAGCGCCGCAUGGCAUGCUCGGAGUACCCUCUUGGCGAGGUAUACAAUAUCUUGCACGAGAUCUGCAUCACGUGGGUUAUGGAUACGCUGUAUGGUCAAGCGAGGGCACUCCGACUCGGGCGGUGGAGAGACACGAUCAAAGUGGAUAUCUUGACGGAAACUCGGUCAGCGAGUAAGGGCCCUGCAGCAGCCGGAACCCCUCUGAGCUCCGCCAAGUUCAGCGGCUCGGAAUCUCAGGAUGCCGGGGGAGCCGCAACGGGAAAAGGAGAAGGAGAAGCUGCUGGAGGGGGAGCAGGAGGAGGGGGGGGAGGAUUGAAGUUGAGUUAUUGGAUUGAGAGUUCAAAAGCAGAGACCAUUUCCGGACGCCCGGGGGACGGUGCUGCUACUACUGCUGCUGCUGCUGCUGGCGGAACCUUCGGAAAGGGCCGGGUAGCGACAAUGGCUCCACCCGGUGGGCCAUCUGGUGGAAUUGGAGCGGUGAACGUGCCGGCGAUGGCCGGCUCGCUGGUGGCAGGGGGGGGGGCGGGGGAAGGCCCAGCUGUGCCUUUGUCGGCGAAUGUGCCUGUGCCUUACUUGUUGAUCGAGAUCGACAGCGAGCGCCAGGUUGUGGGCUCGCAUUCGCCUCAAGUUGUUGACCCGAGGACAGGUGUCGACGCCGAGUUCCCUCUUAACCUCUCGCAGGUGAAUCUUGAAUUGCUGUUGCUGAAAGCGAUAGCUUGCAGUAUCCACUCUCGUCUCUUGGAGGCUGAGAAGGUCUUGCGAAGCAAUAACCGGCUGUGUAGAGUGUCAAGUGAUGUGGUCUUAGUUGUGGGCGUGGAAGGUGCCGUGGGAGGAGCAGAUGCGAGCACCACAGACGGGGACCAAGUUCUCCUCCGGGAUGAUGGAUUGCUGCCAUUGCUCGAGGAAGAGUCAAGGCAGGAGGUUCUUUGGGUUCGAGCGUAUGGACAGUCCUUUAUGGGUCUUGCUGUCAGCUUGAGCCCGGCUGGUAGCCUAGCUUUUGUGCAUGUUGUGAGUAGUGGAGCGGGACCCAAUACAUACGCUAAUGGAGGUUAUUAUAGUUAUGCUGAUUGUCGUAAUCAUGACAAUGCUGUUGCUGCUGCUGCUGAUGAUGAUGAUGAUGAUGAUGGUGGUGGUGGUGGUGGUGGUGAUGAUGAUGAUGAUGAUGAUGAUGAUGAUGAUGAUGAUGAGGAGGAGGAGGAGGAGGAGGAAAAAUAUGGUGAUAGUGUUUUCAUGACAAUGAAUGAUGAUGAGUUGUUUGCUGUUGCGUUGACUUUGUGGGUUUGGCUAUGGGAGCAGUUCUGAAAUGGGAGGUAUAUCCUCAGGCCUCCUAGUGGAAUGGCCUCGUCGUCUGCUGCCGUGGAGAUGGAGGAGGCAUUAAAUGCAGGCACGAAGAGCCCAGUCGAUGUGUUCUUGACGCUGCGAUUCAAAAGCAUGCUACACAUGUUCAAGUCUGUGGCUCAUUCAUUGAAUCUUCAGCCGUUCGAUCGUGGACCGAGUGCUGUACGAAUGCCUGCAGAGGGUCUCAAGCUCGGCCCACAUACUUUGGUUCUAGGGUUUCCCCGAUGCCGCGGAGAGUACAUGCUGGCGGUGCAGCUCGAUGCACAGUUCAUUCCAUCAUUCGUCCUCCUGCAUGUGGACACAAGCGAGGCUUCCGAGGAAGCAGCUGGGCCCUCGAUCACGAGCAGCAUCCGGAAAGUGGACCGUUGGAUGCGGAUCGACGUGGCGUCUGUCCCUCUCGCCGAAGAUGAUCUUGGAGCUUAUGUAAUGGGGCAAUGGGGAAUGUGGGAGAAUGAAGGGAGUGGGGUCGAAGAAGGGGAGGAAACGACAAUGACCAGUCCGCAACUGAGCAACAGGGACGGGCCAAGCCACCCCUCCAGGAAACACGGAAGGGUAGAUCAAUCGGUAGGAGGUGGCCAUGUUUCGUCGGAAUCCCCGUUGCUGAACGGGCCGGUGGACGUGAAACGGAGGCGACUGAAUGCAAGUGUGGUGGGCCCGGAUGGUUUCACCGGAGGCGUAUUGGGAAUGGAGGGCCGGUUGGUGGGAAUGUUGACCAGUCCGGGACGUCUCCGUAGUCCAGUGAUUGGGGUGGGUAGUCCUGCUGGGAGCUCGGGCCUUGGGGUGGGUUGCAGGUCAGGAGCAGGCACUCCUGACAGGUCUGGGGCAGGCGACCAGCAUAACGUUUUUCGCCCACCCAGCGACAGGGUGCCAAGCCACACCGCUCCUGUUGCAGGGACUGCUUCCCCUUUCAGUGCAAGUGGCCCUGCGACGAGUGGGGCAGUGAUGUCACCUCCAGCUGCCGUCCCUGCAGGUCUACGGGGUAGAGCCAUGAACGGUGGAAGUGCGUUCCCAGGAGGUGUCGGCGGUGAGGCCAGGCUUGGUGGUGGCCUCGGGAUGGGUCCCGGAUCAACCAAGCUGGUAGGGGCAAGGCCAAGCAUGGGGAAUGCUGCCAGCUCACCUAGUGGUGGAGGUAUAAAAGGCGAUGCAUUCUCCCCCCAGUCUGCAGCUGCGGGCAUGCCACAGCUGGUCAUGCGCUCGCCCUCUGCCUCGCCGCCACAUGGUGGCCAUCUGAUGACGACAGGGUCACCCCACCAUCCGGUUGCCUUAGGUGAUCAUGGGAAUGCCGGCAGCUCGUUGACGGGCUCAUUGCCCUUAGGAGGAAAGGUGUUGGGCGGGGUGACGACAUCAGGGAACAGCGGAGUUGCGAUCGGAGGCGGUGGCUAUGGUGGGCUUGCGAGCGCACGAGGCAGCCCUAGGACUUCACCCCUCUCGCCACCAGCCGUGGACAGAGGCGGCAUGCAAUCCCCCUCAGCAGCGCAUGAUGUGCCGUCAGCACCUCAGGUCAUGCCGCAACGAGGCACAUUGUCUCCCGCUUAUCUUGCGCAGCAGGCAAGGUCAGCGAGUGCAGGGGAACGUACUCCUCUGGGAGCAGGACGGAAGAGGAAGAGGAUGGAUUCGCGCGAUAUGGAUGACGAGGAUGGCGAGAGAUCGGAAUUUGGAAGGAGAAACAUGAGGAGGGUUUCCGGGUUCUGGAAUGGGAUUGAGGAUAGAAGGAGGAUGAGAGGUGCUAGUGAGACCUAUGAAAAGCUUAUCAAGAUGGCGAAUCAGGGCCAAGCAGGAUUGGCUGUGUAUGCUGCUGUUUUGACGGAAGUUUCGAGAAGAUGCUGGGUAUGGGUCAAGCUCGACAGGCUGAUGCGACAGCUCCGAGCAUUGAACAUUCCUUAUGCUGAGGAAAUAGGGAUCAGGAAACCGUCGGGAAAUCUCCGGUUCAAAGUUCCUCUGCCGACCACGCAGGCAACGAUGGUGAGCAGCCGUGGUAAUCGUACGAGUGCCACGGAUGUGAAUAGCAGAGUCAGCCAACAAAGGAUGGGCGUGUCUCCUGCGUCGUCGAGCCAUGUCCCAGAUGGUGGUGGCCUUACACCGAGCCAGAAGAACUCGGAAAGACAGAGAGAGAGUAAUAGACCAGAUUCCCCUCAACCCUGGUGCUCCUUAGUCCUGAUAUGCCCCGGCCGAGACGUUGAAUGCUGGGGUGUAUUUAUCCCUGACCCCUAUUAUGGGGAGCUGUGGGAUGUAGAGCGUAGAGAGCGGGAGGGAGCAGGAGUAGGAGCUGCAAGUAUGGGGGCAGGCAAAGUAGUGACUGGGGUAAGGUAUCUUCCCCCACUGGCAACGGACACACGCAUGGUCUGCACUCCAAAGGGGCUCAGAAUUUCGUACACGCGUGUGACGGACGAUGCUGUCGAGCAGAUGGUAGGUGAUUUGCGCAGGCUCUGGAGAGCAAGAACUUUCGCAAAGGAAUUAUCGGCAUUAAUUGAGCCUUCCCUGGGUGGAGGUAGGGUGAUGGGAGGAGGAACAGCGGCAGCAGCAGCAGGGGGAGGAGGAGGAGGAGGAGGGGGGGGAAGAGGUAGGAUGCAACCGUGCCUGCGAAUAGGAGUGGGCGAACAGGGCGAUGAAUGGCAUGCUCGAGGGACAGGUUCCACAGGGGAGGGAGUCUUCCGGCUGGAAUCAAUUGGUCCAACAGGGUUGACGUUCGUGCAUGCCAGCAGCUGUUCAUUGAGAACUGCUUCAACUCGAUUCGUCCUUCAGUGGCGAAGAGGCAAAGAAGGCUGCUCGUUGCGAAUCGCCCCGCCUGAGCUGUUCCCUCACCGACGAUUCCUGGAAGAGUUCAUCAACAGUGGGGAGGUCAGUCUUUUGCUGGACAUGAUACAGACUACUGCAGGGCCUUUGCACGCACUGGCGGGGGUUGUUCGUCCCACGAAAAUCCUUACGAGUCUUUUGGCACAGGGUGGGAUCCUCUGUGGAGGACUUGCGCCUGCUAUAUCAAGCCAGUUCGGUGCUUUUGGCACCAUGGCUAUGGCGGGCAACAGCGCCGGGGGAACCAUGCAUGGUUGUGGCACAUGCAGUGCAUUACCGGGCAUCUGCUCCAUUCUCCCAUCGGACGUGAUCCUAGUGAUGAGGCAACCGUACUGGCUUCGGCUGCUUUAUCAUCGCCAGUUUGUUUUGGAUAUCCGAUGUUUUGCCGGAGACCAUGUUUGGAUUCAACCGGCUCCGCCCCCAUGGGGUAUCGGCAGGUCACUGCCAGCCCUAGAGCCAAUGACUGGCGCGUGGUCUGUGCUUUGUCCCCAGUUUCGCAUGCUCGUAAUGGAAAUGGUGAUGAUGUAUGCGAGGGGAAGGCUUGCUGGAGGAUCAUCAGCUGCCGGCGCAGCAGCAGCAGGAGGCGCAGCACCUGCAUUGUCUGGUGGGGGGGGUGUACGGGGAGUGGCAGGUCGUGUAGGAGGGGCAGGAGGAGUUGUGGUUGGCGGACCAGCUUCUGGAGCAGUAUCAACAACAGGGACGUCAGGCGCGGGUGGAGCACUAGGCAUGAUGAAUGCGAUGGCAGGUCGGGGAGGACUAGGAGGAGUGGCUGUCAACAGCAGUGGUGCUAGUCGCCGUGCGCUACAGACCGAGUUCGCUCUCGUUGGUGGGGAGGACGGGGGUUACGCUGGCGCUUGGGUUCCUGUUUCUGUUUUGGAGCGUGUCUUAAGAUGUGUCCUUCGGUACCUUGGCUCAAUGUGGCUUUUUGUUCAGCUCCCCCGCUUGUUGCGACACAUGACAGCAGAGCUGCUGUCCAAAGAGGAAUACCGUUUUGUCAGCUUGGAUCCAGAGCUUCCAGUACUUAAGUACUCGAUAAGGUCAUUGGGCUUUGUGUUUACGAUCGACAAAUCAAGGCAGCAGCUGUACCUGUUCAUACAGCAGCUAGGGCCACCGAGCGCGGCGAAGGAAAAGCAGGGCUCCGGGCUAUCAGGGGACAGCUCAACGGCGCUGUCGGCAGCUCCCGAGCUCUCCCAGGCGGAAAUAGACAAGCUUGUGGAGUAUUUUGGACACAAGGUGGCAUCGGAGCCAUACGAGGCUUCACGACUUGCAUCAUUUGUCACUAUGAUUAUGCUUCCUGUUGUCGUGUUGAAGGAGAUCAUUGGAGUGAUCGCGUGGGAGGAGGAAUGCUUGAGAGAAGGAGAGAAAUGGGGGCUUUCUGUGCGCGGAGAGCUGGUGCUUGAGGGCGUGGUGAUGCGGCGUUCCGGAUCUGCAGCAGAUGGUGGGAAGCAUAGGGGUAGUGUCACAGCUGCAGGGACCAUCCCGAAGACUCAUGGGGGCAUUCGCAUUGACAGAGAGAACAAUGCAGUGGAGAUGUCGCUGGGUUUCUUGGUAGAGGCUGUACGUGUGGGAAUCGUAGGCGGAGGUAUGACUCAAGGAGGAGCGCUUGUCAAUGGCGAUGCUGGCAUUAGUGGCACCAGCAUCGACGUGGCGGCUUCGUCGUCGUUCUUGGGUGGCAUCAGCGGAACAAGCGAAGCACCUCCUCGCUCACGGUACGUGUCAGUCCGACUUCAGAUGCUCUGGAACGAGGGUGUCAUCCGGGUCUUGGAAGUGGAAGGGAGUGAGGGAGCAAGAGGCGGGCGGUGGGUGUAUGCACGAGGGGAGUGGGAUAUAGUUCGCCAAGCAUUGCUGACUGCAGUGGAGGUCAGGGAAAGAAUGGGUGCGAAGUGGUUCGGCGAGGGUCGUCUGAGAGCAGUCGCCGACGGCCUGCACAGAACAUUGCAAGUGGGUUUCGGUCAAGGGACCUGGACUGUUGGCGGUGGUGGAAGCGGGGGGUUAAUGCCAUUGCCUGGUAGACCGAAUGUGACCACUGUUAUGGGAGGUCCUUCUUCCGGUGCUGGAAUGGGUGGUGUGCCUUCUGGAAGCAGUGGAGGGGGCAUCAGGAUGUCCCGAUAACAUCAGUUAUGACGGAAUCGGCUCUGCUAAGUGGUCGCGACAGAGUGGCUUAGUAGUUGAGCACACGAGUGAGCAAGCAGGCGAAAAGGCAAGCGGCUGAGCAACCUGAGGACGUCAGUCACGACGGAGUCGGCCCUGCCAAGUGGCCGAGACAGAGUGGCGGAGUAGUCGAGUACACAAGUGAGCAAGCAGGUGCAAGAUCAACCAUAGCGAAGUUUAAAGAUACGGGUUCGGAAACCGUCACUCAGGUCACUCGGUACGCAUGUGGUCCCCACUUGGCUGCACACUUGUUGCACAGUACCCAUGUUGCUCAGUGUGCAUGUCACACGGUACGCAUCUUUGUGACUCAAGGGAUGGGACAGUUGGCACCUCAACAAAGGCCCACUUGGCUG